AUGAAAAAAAUUACAUCACGUUGGGUACCCCAUCAACUGACUGAUGAACAAAAGCAAGAACGUGUUAAACUUUGUCGUGAAAAUUUGGCGAAAUUCCGUGAUGGUUCUUGGCGAUUAUGUGAUGUUAUAAUAGGUGAUGAGACGUGGAUUUACCACAGGCAGUUUCAUCGCAAGUCAACAAAUGCAAGCUGGGUUGGCGAAGAUGAAACACCAACCACUAUUGUUCGUCGAGGUAAAUUUGAACCAAAAAAUUUAUUUUCUAUUUUCUUUAAAUCAAAUGGUCCUGUUCCUAUACAUGCUGUUGACGAAGGCAAGACUAUAGAUCACAACUAUUAUAUUGAAAAUUGCCUCAAGCCUGUCGUGAAGGCAAUAUGGAAACAAAGAAAGUCAGCAGGUACAAAAGGUAUAAAAUUGCUCCAAGACAAUGCUCGACCCCAUAUUCAUUCCGAUGUUAUUAAUUAUUUAACAGAAGAAGGUAUUAUUAUAAUGUCGCAUCCACCAUAUUCACCUGACCUUGCACCAUGUGAUUAUUGGCUAAAUGAUUACAUCAAACGUAAUUUAACUGAUCAACCAGAUGAAAAAUCAUUGGCUCGUACGGUAUCCAAGGUGAUGAAAAAAAUUCCGAAAGAAGAAUUUAAAAAAACUUUUGACAAACUAUUAGAAAUAAUGGAACUUUGUAUAAAUAAUCAUGGUGACUAUUUUGAACAUUUAAUAAAAUAA